UAUCACUCGGCAAAGAAAAAAACCCAACAAAACACUCACUCCACUAAAUUUCCAUUUUUCUACCAUCACUCCGAUCACUUCAUAGGUCCAUCUUUAAUUCUUAGUAAGAAUUUCUUACUAUCAUCAACCAUGGCCGAUCACACCACUACCCAACCUCUCAAAUUCAUCACCGGCGCCGACUCCUCCGGCUCCUCCAUCAAAGACGCCCUCGUCUCCCACCUCCGCUCCCUCAACAUCGAUGUCGAAGACCUCGGCGAAGCCCCGUACUACACCAUCGGCGAGAAGAUCGGAAGGCGAGUUUCCGCCGGCGGAUCCACCACCCGCGGCCUCGUCGCGUGUGGUACCGGUGUAGGCGUUCAGAUAUUUGCGAACAAAGUCCCCGGAGUUUACGCCGCCACUUGCGUCACCGCCGAUGAGGCUAAAAACACCCGGUCCAUCAACAAUGCCAACGUCCUUGCUGUCUCUGGCAUAUCAACUCCCCCCGAAACCGCCAUUGAAAUCCUUGAAACCUUCAUCAACACCCCCUUCAAGUCCCCCUGCCCCGCGUCCGGCAACAAGGAAUAUGCCCCAGAAGUGGAGGACUUCCUCAACAAAUCCAUCCCAGAGAUGGAGAAAAUCGGAAAAUCGACAUCAGAAUCAGAAGAGGCGUGCGCCAUUUGCUGCUUAGCAAAGAACAGGGAGUUUGUUCCUGUGGAGAUAAUGCCCGGAGGGAUGAUGAAGAUAGUGAGAGAAAGUCCGACAUCAGCAAUUAUCCGGUUCGAAGCCGGGAGUGUGGAGCCUGCUCAUCACCAUAGCUUUGGGCAUGAUUUGUUUGUGAUGAAGGGAAAGAAGACGGUGUGGAAUUUGAGUAAGAAGGAGAAGUAUGAUCUGAGUGAUGGAGAUUAUCUGUUUACUCCAGCUGGGGAUAUUCACAGAGUUAAGUAUUUGGAGGAUACUGAGUUCUUUCUUAAGUGGGAUGGUCCUUGGGAUAUUAUCUUGGAUGAGGAUCUUCAAUCUGCCAAGGCUGCUAUUGCUAAGGAGGACUCCUGAUUGUCACAUUGAUUUUUGAUUUUUGAUUUUUGAUUUUUGAUUUUUGAUUUUGUACUCAUGUUUGUAUCAUCUUAAUAAACCUUACUGGUAUUUCCAAUUCUUGAUGUUUUGUGUCACAGUCUCGUGAGUGUAUUCGUGUUUGUGUAAUACCAAGUAUAACAGAGUGUGAUGAUUUCAGAGA